AUGUUCGCGGGCCUGUCUGAGCUCGGCAUUUCAAACGGGGAUGAUUUGAAGGAAACACUCACCAACUGCACGGAGCCGCUGAAAGCCAUCGACCAGUUUCAGAUGGAAAAUGGGAUCCUGUUGCCAACGCUCCAGUCGGCUCUUCCUUUCCUGGACCUCCACGGCACUCCGCGGCUGGAGUUCCACCAGUCUGUCUUUGACGAGCUCCGCGACAAGUUGAUGGAGCGAGUUGCUGUCAUUGCAGACGGCAAAGAAGAAGAUCGGUAUGGAAAGCUGGAGGAGCUUCUGGAGAAAAGCUUUCCACUUGUGAAAAUGCCGUCCAUUCAGCCGGUGGUGAUGCAGGUGCUAAAGCAUCUGCCAAAGGUGCCAGAAAAGAAGCUGAAGUUGGUAAUGGCUGACAAAGAGCUGUACAAGGUGUGUGCGGUGGAGGUCAAAAGGCAGAUUUGGCAGGACAACCAGGCUCUUUUUGGGGAUGAAGUGUCCCCCCUUCUAAAGCAGUACAUCGUGGAGAAAGAGGCAGCUCUCUUUAGCAGCGACCUCUCCAUUCUGCACAACUUCUUCAGCCCUUCUCCGAAGACACGACGCCAAGGCGAGGUGGUGCUGAAGUUGACUCACAUGAUUGGGAAGAAUGUGAAGCUGUACGACAUGGUGCUGCAGUUUUUACGAACGCUCUUCCUGCGAACGCGGAACGUCCACUACUGCACUCUGAGAGCAGAGCUGCUGAUGUCUCUCCACGACCUGGACAUCAGUGAGAUCUGCUCUGUGGACCCCUGUCACAAGUUCACUUGGUGUUUGGACGCCUGCAUCCGUGAGAAGUUUGUUGAUGGUAAGCGAGCAAGAGAGCUCCAAGGUUUCUUAGAUGGGGUGAAGAAAGGACAGGAGCAAGUUCUUGGGGACUUAUCCAUGAUCCUCUGUGAUCCAUUUGCCUGUAACACCUUGACUCUGAGUAUCAUGCGGAACUUACAAGAGCUGCUGAGUCAGGAAUCCUUACCCAGAGACAGUUCGGACCUGAUGCUGCUGCUCAGGAUGCUGUCUCUGGGUCAGGGAGCGUGGGACAUGAUCGACAGCCAGGUCUUCAAAGAGCCGCGUUUGGAUUUAGAGGUGGUGACCCGCUUUCUGCCUGCAAUGAUGUCAGUGGUUGUUGAUGAUCACACCUUCACUGUGGAACAGAAGCUUCCCAAUGAAGAGAAGAGCUCGCUAACGUACCCCGUAGCUCUGCCAGAUGCAUUUAGCAGAUACCUGCUGAACAACAGAGUGGCUUGUGAAAUGGGUCUCUACUACGUGCUUCACAUUGCCAAGCUAAGGAAUAAGAACGCCUUACAGCGAUUAUUACCUGCUCUUGUGGACACCUACAACGACAUGGCCUUCAGUGACAUUUUCCUUCACCUGCUGACCGGACACCUCACACUACUCUCUGAUGAGUUUGGAUCAGCAGAUUUCUGUUCAGUUGUUUUUGAUGGCUUUCUUCUAACCUCAUUCUCCAGCAAAGAAAAUGUCCACAGACACGCCCUUCGCUUGUUGCUGCAUUUGCAUCAGAAAGUGCUGCCGUCAUACAUGGAAACACUGAUGAAAACUCUUGAAGCUCCAAAGCAGUGCAGCGAGCCACUCAAGGAGCUCUACACUCAGCUGACGGAGAAGCUGGAGGCACACAAGAAAAGCCCACCGCCUCUAGAAAAGUCUCCGUCAUUGGACAUGGGGCUCCAUCCUGUGACCGUGACUCCGAAUGCUUCCGUUCCGACUACGCCCGUGUGAGACGCGAUGAACAAAAGGCGCCGUUUUCUGUAGCUUCACAUCUGGUCUUCUUUCUUUUCUCAUUUUUAGCAUCUAUCAAUUUUAUUGGGAGCUGUCACAAAAAACAGCUUUCAAACAGUCUCUUUCCAUUUUUUCUCUUUUUUUUGUGCAGAUAGGAUUUUUUUAUAUGUGGCUGAAAAUGUGUUUUGUAUUAUUGGAGUGCAGAAGUUAUGUAAAUACUGUAUGUUAAGAAAUACAUGGUUUCAAGGCUAAGAUGCUCUCAUGUGUCACUUUUAUAACAAUUAAAAACACUUGUCAUUUGGCAAAACAUUUAA